AUGGCAUCCACGGAAUCUCACACCAACGGCACAAGCACCACAGGGAAUCCAGGCGUUGACUACGAUGUAUUGGUGAUUGGCGCUGGCUUUGGCGGUAUCCGCACGUUGUACGAGCUUGGGAAGCGAGGCUUCUCAGCCCGAGCAUUCGAGGCUGGCUCGGGCGUCGGCGGCACGUGGUACUGGAACAGGUAUCCCGGAGCGCGGACCGACAGCGAGAGCUGGAUCUACGUCCUGACGUUCCAGGAGGUGCUGGGACUGGACUGGGACUGGAAGGAACGGUUCCCCACGCAGCCCGAGGUGGAACAAUACCUCAACCGUGUCACGGACCAUCUCGAUCUUCGGAAACACAUCGAGCUCAACACCAAAGUCACGACGGCGCAUUGGAACCCGACCAAGAACGUCUGGGAAGUCACCACGUCCAAGGGCAAGACCUACACGGCGACGUUCCUCAUCACCGCCACGGGCCCGCUCGCCACCCCGUUGCCGCCUCCAUUCCCGGGGCUCGACUCGUUCAAGGGCGAAUGGUAUCAGACGGGACUGUGGCCCAAGCACAAGGUCGACUUCGCCGGAAAACGUGUCGCCGUCGUGGGCACCGGCGCGACCGCCGUCCAGGUCAUCCCCGUGGUCGCGCACAACGCCAAAACCUUGACCGUCUUCCAACGGACGCCCAACUUUGUGCUGCCCGCACGGAACUACCCGAUCCCGGAGGACCAGCAGACGGCACUCCGACGUGACUGCGAGGCGGUGCUGCGCCGCGCGCGGACCCAGAGCUUCGGCAUGGACAUGGUGGACGCGACGCUCAAGUCGACGGAUCUGGAGACCGAGGCCGAGAUCCAGCGCGUGCUGGAGUUCGGGUGGGAGAUUGGCGGGUUCCGCUUCAUCUUCGAGACCUUCGCCGACAUGCUCACCAACGCCAAGUGCAACGAGGCGGCCGCCGAGUUUGUGCGCAACAAGAUCCGGUCCAUCGUCAAGGACAAGGAGACGGCCGAGCGGCUGUGUCCGUACUACACCAUCCUGUCCAAGAGACCGCCGCUGGGGCACUUCUACUACGAGGCCUUCAACCGCGACAACGUCGAGCUGGUCGACGUCAGUCACGACCCCAUCCGAGCCAUCACCCCGACUGGCCUCCGCACCGGCGCGAAGGAGUACGAGUUCGACAUGAUCAUCUUCGCCGUCGGCUUCGACGCCGUCACGGGCACGCUGGCCGCCAUCGACAUCCGCGGCGCCGAGGGCCAACACCUGGGCGAACAGCUCAACCGGGACAUGGAGACCGCGUACGGCAUCACCGCGCCGGGCUUCCCCAACCUGUUCAUGGUGUCCGGUCCGCAGGCGCCCUUUGCCAACAUCCCCGUCGUCAUCGACAACACCGUCGACUGGAUCGGGAGGACCGUGUCCUACAUGCACGACCAUGGCCACCGGCGCAUCGACACAAAGGAGGAGGUCGCGCGGCACUGGAAAGAGCAGGUCGAAGCCGUUUUCGCCAUGACGGUCCUGCCCGAGGGGGCCAAGAAGACCCAUUCGUGGUAUGUCGGCGCCAACCUGGAAGGCAAGCCUGUGAGGCCGCUGUUCUGGUUCGGUGGGGUCGCGCCGUACUUUGCAUUCUGUGACAAGGAGAUCGGCGAUGGAUAUCCCGGUUUCGCAUUCUCGUCCGAUCAGUCCGGUGGAGCCGUCCAAGCCAGACUCUAG